AUGAAUGGUGCUAGUGGCAGCAUUGACAAGAAUAGUAGUAACAGUGACAGCAGGAAUGGCCACAGCAAAAGAAGCAAGGAUGGCAACAGCAGCACCACUAAAAAUGACAGCCACAGCAAGAACAACAGCAGGAACACCAAGAACAGCAUCACAAACAAUAGCCACUGCAUAAAAAGUCACAGCAGCUUCAACAACAGUCGAAGCAACAUUAACAUGAGUGACAGUAGUAGCAGCAAUAGCAGCAGCAUAAAGAGCAGCUAUAACAAAAAAAGGAAAAAUAAUAGCAGCAAACACGUUAAUGUCAACAGUAACUGCAACAACAGUAACAGCAGCAGCAACAACAGAAACAGCAGCAGCAUAAACAGUAAAUGUAGCAAUAGCAACAGUAACACCAACAGUGACAGCGGCAGCAAGAACAGAAACAUCAGCAGCAGGAACAGCGGCAGCAAGAACAGAAACAGCAGCAACAGUAGUGACAGCUGCAAUACCAACAGCAACAGCAACAGUAGCAGCAUCAACAGCAACAGUGACAGCAGAAACACAAACAGUGACAGAAUCAAUAGCAACAGUGACAGCAGAAACACCAACAGUGACAGCAGCAGCAAGAACAAUAACAGCAUCAACAGCAACAGUGACAGCAACAACACCAACAGUGAUAGUAGCAGCAAGAACAGAAACAGCAGCAACAACAACAGCUUCAAGAACUGUAACUGCAGCAACAGUAACAGUAACAGCAACAUUAGCAGCAAGAACAGUAACAGCAGCCACAGUAACAGUGACAGCAGCAGCAAGAACAGUAACAGCAGCCACACAAACAGUGACCAUAGAAGCAAGAACAGUCACAACUGUAGCAGUGACAUCAGCAGUAACAACAGUAACAGCAACAACACCAACAGUGACAGCAGCAGCAAGAACAGUAACAGCAGCAACAGUAAUAGUGACCAUAGAAGCAAGAACAGUGACAACAGCAACCAUAGCAGUGACACCAGCAAUAACAACAGUGACAGCAACAACACCAACAGUGACAACAGCAGCAAGAACAGUGACAACUGUAGCAGUGACAUCAGCGGUAACAACAGUAACAGCAACAACACCAACAGUGACAACAGCAGCAAGAACAGUGACAACUGUAGCAGUGACAUCAGCGGUAACAACAGUAACAGCAACAACACCAACAGUGACAACAGUAGUAAGAAUAGAAACAGCCGCAACAGUGACAGUAGCAACAGCAACAGUGAACAUAGAAGCAAGAACAGUGACAACAGCAACACCAACAGCAGCAGUGACAGCAGCAACAGCAACAGUGGUGGCAGCAGCAUCAGCAAUAGCAACAGUAAAAGUAACAGCAAUAACAACAAUGAUAUCAGCAGCAAGAACAAUAACAGCAACAGCAACAGUAACAGCAGCGGCAAGAACAGUAACAACAGCCACACCAACAGUGACAGCAGCAGCAAGAACAAUAACAGCCACACCAACAGUGACAGCAGCAGCAAGAACAGUAACAGCAGCAACAGUAACAGUGACCAAAGAAGCAAGAACAGUGACAACAGCAACUGUAGCAGUGACACUAGCAGUAACAACAAUAACAGCAACGACACCAACAGUGACAACAGUAGUAAGAACAGAAACAGCAGCAACUGUGACAGCAGCAACAGCAACAGUGAACAUAGAAGCAAGAACAGUGACAACAGCAACACCAACAGCAGCAGUGACAGCAGCAACAGCAACAACAACAGCUUCAAGAACUGUAACUGCAGCAGCAGUAACAAUAACAGCGACAUUAGCAGCAAGAACAGUAACAGCAGCCACACAAACAGUGAUCAUAGAAGCAAGAACAGUGACAACAGCAACUCUAGCAGUGACACCAGCAGUAACAACAGUAACAGCAACAACACCAACAGUGACAGCAGCAGCAAGAACAGUAAUAGCAGCCACAGUAAUAGUGACAGCAGCAGCAAGAACAGUAACAGCAGCAACAGUAACAGUGACAGCAGCAAGAACAGUAACAGCAGCAACAGCAACAGUGACAGCAACAACAGCAACAAUGACACCAGCAGCAAGAACAGUAACAGCAGCAGCAAGAAAAGUGACAACAGCAACCAAAGCAGUGACACCAGCCGUAACAACAGUGACAGCAACAACACCAACAGUGACAGCAGCAGCAAGAACAGUGACAGCAGUAACAGCAACAGCAACAACGGCAACCGUGACCCUAGAAGCAAGAAAAGUGACAACAGCAACCAAAGCAGUGACCCCAGCCAUAACAACAGUGACAGCAACAACAGCAACAAUGACACCAGCAGCAAGAACAGUAACAGCAGCAACAGCAACAGUGACAGCAACAACAGCAACAAUGACACCAGCAGCGAGAACAGUAACUGCAGCAGCAAGAAAAGUGACAACAGCAACCAAAGCAGUGACACCAGCCAUAACAACAGUGACAGCAACAACACCAACAGUGACAGCAGUAACAGCAACAGCAACAGUGACAGUAGCAACAGUAACAGUGACCAUAGAAGCAAGAACAGUGACAACAGCAACUGUAGCAGUGACACCAGCAGUAACAACAGUAACAGCAACAACACCAACAGUGACAGCAGCACCAACAAUAACAGUAAUAACAGCAUCAGAGACAACAGCUUCAAGAACUGUAACGUCAGCAACAGUAACAGUAACAGCGACACAAGCACCAAGAACAGUAACAGCAGCCACACCAACAGUGACCACAAAAGCAAGAACAGUGACAACAGCAACUCUAGUAGUGACACCAACAGUAACAACAGUAACAGCAACAACACCAAGAGUGACAGCAGCAGAAAGAACAGUAACAGCAGCAACAGUAACAGUGACAGCAACAACAAGAACAGUAACAGCAGCAACAGUAACAGUGACAGCAGCAGCAAGAACAGUAACAGCAGCCACACCAACAGUGACAGCAACAGCAAGAGCAGUAACAAUAGCAAUAGUAACAGUGACCAUAGAAGCAAGAACAGUGACAACAGCGGCUGUAGCAUUGAUAGCAGCAGCAAGAACAUUAACAUCAGCAACAAUAACAGUGACCAUAGAAGCAAGAACAGUGACAACAGCGGCUGUAGCAUUGAUAGCAGCAGCAAGAACAUUAACAUCAGCAACAAUAACAGUGACCAUAGAAGCAAGAACAGUGACAACAGCGGCUGUAGCAUUGAUAGCAGCAGCAAGAACAUUAACAUCAGCAACAAUAACAGUGACCAUAGAAGCAAGAACAGUGACAACAGCGGCUGUAGCAUUGAUAGCAGCAGCAAGAACAUUAACAUCAGCAACAAUAACAGUGACCAUAGAAGCAAGAACAGUGACAACAGCGGCUGUAGCAUUGAUAGCAGCAGCAAGAACAUUAACAUCAGCAACAAUAACAGUGACCAUAGAAGCAAGAACAGUGACAACAGCAACUCUAGUAGUGACGCCAACAGUAACAACAACAACAGCUUCCAGAACUGUAACUGCAGCAACAGUCACAGUAACAGUGACAUUAGCAGCAAGAACAGUAACAGCAGCCACACCAACAGUGAUCACAGAAGCAAGAACAGUGACAACAGCAACCGUAGCAGUGACACCAGCAGUAACAAAAGUAACAGCAACAAUACCAAGAAUAACAGAAGCAGCAAGAACAGUAACUGCAGCAACAGCAACAGUGACAGCAGCAACAGCAACUGUGACACCAGCAGCAAGAAAAGUAACAGCAGAAGCAAGAAAAGUGACAACAGCAACUGUAGCGGUGACACCAGCAGUAACAACAGUGACAGCAUCCACACCAUCAGUGACAGCAGCAGCAAGAACAUUAACAGCAGCAACAGCAACAGUGUCCAUAGAAGCAAGAACAGUGACAACUGUAGCAGUGACACCAGCUGUAAGAACAGUAACAGCAACAACACUAACAGUGACAGCAGCAGCAAGAACAGUAACAAUAGCAGAAAGAACAGUGACAGCAGCCACAUCAACAGUGACAGCAGUAGCAAGAACAAUAGCAGCAUCAAUAGUGACAUCAGCAACAGCAACAGUGACCAUAGAAGCAACAACAGUGACAACAGCAACACCUACAGUAACAGCAUCAACAGCAACAGUGACAGCAGCAGCAAGAACAGUAACAGCACCAACGGUAACAGUGACCAUAGAAGCAAGAACAGUGACAACAGCAACACCAACAGUAACAGCAUCAACAGCAACAGUGAUAGCAGCACCAACAGUGACAGCAACAAUAGCAUCAGAGACAACAGCUUCAAGAACUGUAACUGCAGCAACAGCAACAGUAACAGUGACAUCAGCAGCAAGAACAGUAACAGCAGCCACACCAACAGUGACCAUAGAAGCAAGAACAGUGACAACAGCAACACCAACAGUAGCAGUGACAGCACCAACAGCAACAGUGGUGGCAGCAGUAUCAGCGACAGCAACAGCAAUAGUAACAGCAACACCAACAGUGACAUCAGCAACAAGAACAAUAACAGCAACAGUAACAGUGACAGUACUGUCAGCAGCAGCAACAAAAUUAACAGCAACAGUGACAACAGCAACAGUAAAAGCAACAACACUAACAGUGACAGCAGCAGUAAGAACAGUAACUGCAGCAGUAGUAAGAAUAACAGCAGCAACAGUGACAAAAGCAACAAGAUCAAUAACAGCAACUGUGACAGCAGCAACACCAACAGCAACAGUAAUGGCAGCAACAGCAACAGUGACAGUAAUAGCAAGAACAGUAACUGCAGCGUCAAGAACAAUAAGAGCAGCAACAAGAACAGUAAUAGCACCAGUAAGAGCAGUAACAGCAGCAACACCAACAGUAACAGCAGCAACAUCAAUGGUGACCACAGCAGCAAGAACAGUGACAAUAGCAAAACCAACAGUAGCAGUGACAUCAGUAAGAACAGUAAUAGCAGCAACAGCAACAGAAUCAAUAACAAUGAUAGCAGCAACAACACCAGUAACAGUGACAGCAACAGCAACAGUAACAGCAACAACAGUGACAACAGCAACAAGAAGUGUAACUGCCACAAUAGCACCAGUAACAGUGACAGUAACAGCAACAAGAAGUGUAACUGCCACAACAGCACCAGUAACAGUGACAGCAACAACAGCAACAGUGACAACAGCAACAGUAAGCAGCAAUAUUAAUAGCAGCAAUAGAACAAUAACUGCAACAAUAGCAACCGUUAACUGUAACAGCUGCAGCAGCAACACCAACAAUAACAGCAACAGAACCACCAAAGAAAGAGCAGGCCACCAUUCAGCUCCCACAAAUUGUCAAUAAGAGGAAAUGCCUGUUCCAGAUUCCCACACUGGUUUUGUCACAGAUCCUGGGAAUUCAGCAUUUCUCACUUUAGAAAAGAUUAUGUGGCUGAAAAAAGAACUAGGUGUCCCAUGGCUUCCAGCAUGUGACAUCAGGUCCAGUUGAGACCUAUUUUCUCAACAGCAGUUCCAGAAAAGCCUCAGACCCCUGGGUAUCAGCAGCUUGCUGCCCUGGGACUUGUGUUACACACUGAACAGAAAAUUUUCUCUAUCUUCAUCAAGUUUUGCCUUUAUAUGCUAAGAAAGCCCUUUGCAUAAAAUUUCUGUUUGGCAUGUGUGAGCAGUCAGCAUCACUGCUCUUGGGUCAUGAUCAAGUAAAAAGAAGGGUAUGUGAACACAAGUAUAGUGACACCUUCCAACAGGUAACUGAGGUGUCUGUUCAUGGCCUAAUGGGUGGGUAGUAUAUACAGUGUGGAUACACCAGGCAAAGGAAAAAUUCUUGUUAUGAGUGUGACAGGGACAGACAUGCAAGAUU